AACCUAUUCGCGUUGAACGAGCGGAACAGUCAUAAAAGUUGUGCUUCAGUGAGGACAUUCUAGAAGGUUAUUUAUUCCUCUCGAGCUGCGCGUGUUCAAUUAGGGUUUGCUGGUGAAAGAAGAAGAAGAAGAAGAAGAAGAAGAGAAGAGUGAAGAUGAUAGAGGUGGUGCUGAACGAUCGGCUGGGGAAGAAGGUGCGCGUGAAGUGCAACGACGACGACACAAUCGGAGACCUCAAAAAGCUGGUGGCGGCACAGACCGGCACACGCGCCGACAAGAUCCGAAUCCAGAAAUGGUACAACAUCUACAAAGACCACAUCACCCUCAAGGACUACGAGAUCCAUGACGGCAUGGGCCUCGAGCUCUACUACAAUUAGUCCUUCAAUUCAUCGUCCACACUCGCUCAGCUUUCAUGAUGCAUCAUUGCUUGGGGAUGAUGAUGGAUACAUACAUGAAGUAUAAAUAAUAUUUCUUGGCAAAUAUCUUUUUCGACAUGACUGCUUACAAACUGUUGAACCAUGACUGUAUUUAUUACCUUCGUUUGAUGUUUGCCUUUUCGUUGUUGGUUUAUUUGCAUUGUCACUCUGUAAUGUAAAAUCGAAUAAGGUUUGAAUACGCUACUGUUCAACAUGUAUCUAUAGGUUUCAUGUCAUA